ACUGACGCGCUCUGUUUUAUUGAAUGCAAAUGUCAAAUUCAACGAACUUACAGCAAGUUGGUGUUUUGAAUGUGCAAAAUACAACGGAAUAAAAUUCAGACUGCUUUUGCCGUGCUCAGUCACAUUUUUGGUGUUAAUUUCCCAAUAAUUCUUCUGUUUUUGAAAAUUUUGUUUGAAAAAUGGGAAUUUAUGGUUUGAAAUAUUGUUUGAAUCGUGAAGAUCAAAUAUGCAGCGUCAAUAUCGGCGAAGAAGUUAAAAAAUGGAAAUGUAAAAAUCCCGAUGAAAUCACACCGAUCGUUGUCAUCGACUUUCCGAAUUUGGCACACUGGCUGGAACAGAAGCCAAAUGACUGGAUUUGUGGUCUAAGAUAUCAAACGAUGACACAAUGUUGGGAAAACUAUUUUGUUGCACUGAAAAAUGCCGGUUGUUCGUUGGUAUUUAUUGCGCCAUGGUACGACGCAGAUUUUGACAUAAAUAAGAGGUUGGAACGUUUGAAUGGAAAUUUCGAAAAAUAUGUUGACAUCUACGAUCAGAUCGAGGAUGGAAUCGAGCUACAGAAUAUUGUAGUUGCAAAGGAUCUUAACAUGGAAGCGUCAAAGCAGUUGCUUGCAGCUGUGGCAAAAAAAUAUGGUGAUUUCCAUAAUGUAUCAAAGGAGCAAUGCCAUUUGGAAAUCGUGAAGUAUGCAACGCAUCACAAUGCAAUGGCCAUUCUGUCAAGCAAUACCGAAUUCCUCAUAUUUGAUGGCUCAUGGAAGAUUUGGUCAACAAAGGAUGAUGAAUUUCAAGUCAACGAAUCAAAUGAAGUUACAACCACCGAAUACGGGCCAAACUGUCUCAUCAAUGUUUUUGCACUUGCAAAACAUCAAUUGCCACUGUUUGCUACUCUCAUAGGCAACAAAAUCACCGGCGAAUACUAUGACAAACUAUGUCGGUUUCAUUACAGCUUGGGCUCGACGACGUAUCGAUGGCAAAAUGUGGCCCGUUAUGUGCGCAAAGUGUAUGAUAGCAGUAAGCAUCUAUCAGAUAUGGAUAUUAGACGGCUCACGCAACACGUCUUUGGAACAGCUGAUGAACCAUAUCAACGACUGAUCCGACAAAGUCUCGAUUUUUAUAAUCUAAACUACCCAGAAGCUAUCAUCGAUGAUCCACUUGAACAGAAACUUGUAAACACAGACAUGUAUCGAACGUACAAGACAAUAAUGGAUCCGAUUAAAACGAUAUUGGCGCGUUUUUAUGACAUGCGUCGCGGUGUUGAAGGAGCAAGUUUUUCGGAGCUUGUAAUCGAUUGGGAAAAACGAAAAGUCGGUAUUUUGCAACAGCGACUCAAUGAUAAUUCAUUUACAUUGCAAUUUUUGGCAAAGAAAAGUUUCAACGAGGCGUAUCAGUUUAAUACUGAAACACCGGUUUACCCUGAUUUUCCUCUGCCUCCUCUGGAACAUCUAUAUCUGCAAACAGAGAAUAAAGAUGAUCGCGAAUUCAUCGAAAUGAAGUGGAAAAUUUUUGGAUGGAUCAUGUCAUUUUCUGCGGAAGAAAUUUCAGCAAUUAAACAAUUGCCGACGGACUUUUCAAUGAUUAGUGCCAUUUUACUCGCUUUGGUCAAGGCACGAUUGAUUGGUGUCCAAGAAGCCGACGGAAUUCUAUACACAACCAAAAUGGUACAAACAAAUCAAAUAAAUGACGUUGAAUAUCCAACUGUUCUCACUGCGAAACAUGUUCGAGCGGUGCACGUCUAUAAUAGCGUAUUUCCACAUAUGAAAAAGAAUUUUGCAAUCGCCGGACUGAAGUCAGUCUCUCAGAAAUUUCAGCAGUUCGAUGGGGUUUACUUCCAGAAUCUAAUGAAGCUGGUUCCUGAAAUGGACGCCGAUGAGCGUGAAACUCUCUUUGAACCCAUUCGAGCAUAUCGGAUUUACUAAUGAAGAGACAGCACACAGGAAUCAUUUUUAAGACAUUCUCACAGAAAGGAAAAAGGGAAACAAGAUAAAAGAGGUUAAUAGAGAGUCUCUCAAGAUUUUUUUUUUCCAAAUAUAAUGGAAUAUUUAUAUAAAGAACCUACUUCUUAUGAAAAUAAUAACGGCAUAACUGGCUCAAAAAUAAAAACAAAUUGAAAUAACACAAAA